AUGGAUAGUUUAUCCAAUAAAAUCUUUCUGUUUGUGGUACUUGGUUCUUUCCUGAGAGUUUCACUUGGAGUUACUUCAGAUGAUUCAUUCUGGCUCCUCAAAAUUCAAUCAGAGUUCAUUGAUUCUAUGGGAGUCUUUAGCAAUUGGUCUCCAAGAACGAAUAUAUGCACCUGGAACGGAUUGCAAUGUUCGAAAGAUCAAACUCGUGUUGUGGGCAUAAAUCUUUCUAACUCCGGUCUCUCAGGAUCAAUCUCUCCUGAUUUAUCUCGCCUUGUUUCACUACAAAAGCUAGAUCUUUCAAUGAAUUCGCUCACUGGGUUGAUCCCUCCAGAGCUUGGGGAGCUUCAAGAUCUUCGCGAACUACUCCUCUUCUCAAAUUAUCUCUCGGGUAACCUUCCUUCAGAGCUUCGUCUCUUGAAGAAGCUGCAAGUUCUUCGAACCGGAGAUAAUCAGUUGAGUGGAGAAGUUAUAGGAAGUAUUGGGGAGUUGACUGAGUUAAGAGUGUUGGGCCUUGCUUACUGCCAAUUUAACGGAAGCAUUCCAUCUCAACUCGGCAACUUGAAGCAUUUGGAAUCUCUUGAUUUACAGAAGAACAGUUUCGGUGGAACCAUUCCUCAAGAAAUCAGUGGCUGUCUAGAGCUCAAAAACUUUGCAGCAUCAAACAACCUGCUCGAAGGUGAAGUUCCUUCUUCGUUUGGAAAGCUUCAAUCAUUAGAAAUCUUGAACUUAGCCAACAAUAGCCUCUCAGGAUCCAUUCCAUCCGAGUUAGCUGGGCUUUCUAAAUUGAAGUACUUGAACUUUCUUGGCAAUCGGUUGACUGGUGAAAUCCCAUCAGGACUAAUCCGACUGCCCGAGCUCCAGAAUCUUGAUCUUUCAAGAAACAAUCUUUCAGGAAACAUAACCCUUUUUGAUUACGAAGGAAACAGUAACCUUGAAGCUUUAGUUUUGUCUGGCAAUGCUUUCACAGGCGGCUUUCCUGAAAAACUUUGCUCCAGAAACUCGAAUUUGCGCCAUGUUUUCCUCUCUGGAAACCAUCUCUCUGGUAACUUCCCUCUGGAGCUGCUAAACUGUUCUUCCCUUGAAGUAUUAGACAUUUCUGAUAACAACUUCGAAAACGAACUACCAUCUGGGCUCGACAAACUGAAGAACCUCACUGAUCUUUUGCUCAACAACAACAGUUUUAUUGGUAGUCUACCUCCUGAAAUUGGAAACCUGAGUAAUUUGGUCAGUCUUUAUCUGUUUGACAACAUGAUCACAGGUGAAAUCCCAACUGAAAUAGGAAAGUUGCAGAAGUUAAGCUUACUGUAUCUGUACGAUAAUCAGAUGUCAGGAAACAUACCAAACGAGUUAACGAAUUGCUCGAGCUUAAAUGAAAUUGAUUUCUUUGGAAAUCAUUUCACAGGUGAGAUUCCUGCAACAAUAGGGAAGCUCAAGAAUCUGGUUUUUCUACAGUUAAGGCAAAAUGAUUUAUCCGGUCCUGUUCCAUUGAGUUUGGGAUACUGCAGAAAGCUUCAAACAUUAUCGUUGGGCGAUAACAAGCUUUCAGGAUCGCUUUCAAAGACAUUUGGAUAUCUCUCAGAGCUUUCACUUCUUAGCCUUUACAACAAUUCGUUCGAAGGCCCUAUUCCUGAAUCACUCUUUCUCCUUAAAAACCUCACCAUUAUUAAUGUUUCUCACAACAAAUUCUCGGGUUCAAUCUCUCCUUUUUUGGGCUCAAAUUCAGUUUCUUUAUUAGACUUGACUAAUAACAGUUUCUCAGGUCUCAUUCCUUCUGAACUAACCAUGUCAAAGAAUCUUACCCGCAUACGACUUGCUCAUAAUCUUCUUAAUGGCACCAUCCCUUCGCAAUUAGGCCAACUUGGCGAUCUCAACUUUCUUGAUCUUUCAUAUAACAAUUUCACGGGAGAGCUACCAUUGGAGCUCUCAAACUGUAAAAAGAUCAGCCAUUUUCUAGUCAGUAACAACCAACUUUCAGGCAUGGUUCCACCAUGGUUAGGAACGUUAAAGGAACUUGGAGAGCUAGAUCUUUCGAGCAACGACUUCAAUGGAACAAUGCCGAAAGAACUCGGGAACUGUUCGAGAUUACUCAAGCUUUCGAUAAACCAGAAUAGGCUUUCUGGUCGAAUCCCAGAAGAGAUUGGGAAUCUUACUGGUCUAAAUGUACUGAAACUUCAAAGAAACAAUCUGUCUGGGGCAAUUCCUCGAACACUUGGUGAGUGUAAGAAACUGUUUGAGUUGAGGCUCUCAGAAAACUCUCUCACAGGUUCCAUACCACCUGAGCUAGGCACUCUUACUGAGCUACAAGUUAUCCUGGAUUUGAGCACGAAUAUUCUCGUGGGUGAGAUCCCAGUUUCUCUAGCGAAUCUUGUGAAGUUAGAAAGACUGAAUUUGUCCUUCAACCAACUCCAAGGACAAGUUCCAGAAUCGCUGGGAAGACUAAAUAGCCUCCACGUCCUUUAUCUCUCGCACAAUCACCUCCAAGGAGAAAUCCCAUCAACCUUUUCGAGAUUCCCACCACGUUCUUUCAUGGCCAACGACAACCUGUGCGGUCCACCACUAAUAUCUUGUUCGGAAUCAAAGCGACAACAGAAAGAACAGCUCUCGAACACAGCAGCUGCCGGAAUCGUAGUUGCCAUUGUUUUCACGGCAACCGUGAUAUGCUUAUAUCUGCUUUAUCUGAUGCUUCGCAUAUGGUGUAAAUGGAAACAAGCUUCGAUUUCAAACGCCGAUAACGAAGGUGGGAUAAUUGAGGGGACGCCUCGAAAGGAGGAGAAAUGGGUUUAUGGAGAUCGACCGAUAAGGAGCGGCGAGUACUGGGAUUUGAACAAGAUGACAUUGCUGCCAUGUUCGCAUUCAAAGAAAGAUGUUUCGAUGACAAGCUGCAUUUUUCACCAUAGCAUGAGUAGAGAAAACUCCAUGAGAUCAUUGGUUUAGUCUUAAUGUUAUCAACUUAUUCGUAUAUUUGUUUGAAUACAAUCUUGCAUUGCUUUUGUGCUUCA